GUUGGGUUGAGUAGCAUCCACUGCAUCUCUAGAAAUUAAUUUUAAUUUUUCAGAGAAGGAAUUUCAUAAUAGACAGUGCAGUCAACCAAUAAUUUCCUCAUCUCCACUGCUCUUCCUGAGAGGCACAAAAUUCCCACCAAGCUGCUAGCUCAGCUGCUUCCACAAUCGGCCAUGGCUUCCUCAAGCUCGCAGCAGCGGCCAUGGGCCUCGCCGGUUAAUGUCGGGAAUUUCGUGCCCACAAAGCUCUGGUUUAACUACACGAGUACCAAUUACCCAGCCUGGAAAGAGCAGAUGCUUUGCCUGAUCCAGAGCCAAGGAUUGCUUGGUUUCAUCGACGGCACCAUCGCUCCGCCGCACGAAACCGUCUCCGACGCCGCUGAUGCGACGGCGGCGGCGGUCAGGAACCCGGAUUACGAUCUGUGGAGUAGGAGUGAUGUGCUUCUGAAGGGAUGGAUUUUGUGUUCGCUCAACGACGACAUUGUUUACACGGUGUCCGCAUUGAAGACUUCCAGAGACGUUUGGUUGGAGCUGGAAAACAAGUUCCGGCGGCUCUUCAAUUUGGCUCCCCCACCGCCUACGGCUACGUCUACGUCUACGACUACAGGGGGUAGUGCAGAAACAACAAAAGUAGAAACUCAGCAGAAUACAGGGGAAAAAGAUUUGAAAGAGUACUUGCAUCUACACAGAGCUGCACUGCAGGGUAAUUGGGAGGCAGCAAAACGGAUCUUCGACGAUGAUCCUUGCGCAACGACUGCGAGUAUUAACCUCAUCAAGGCAACAGCACUUCACGUUGCUGUCGGGACGGGAAAAGCAAUUCAUUUCGUCGAAAAGCUGGUUGCAGCUAUGCCUGAAGAAUCCAUAUCUGUCAUGGACGAUAUUGGCGGCACUCCCUUAAGUGUUGCCGCAGCUGUUGGCAACGUAGCAGCAGCAACUAUUAUAGUUAACAGAAUGCCCACUUCACUUUACGUUCCAAACGAUUUCGGUAACUUCCCACUCCAAAUUGCAGCCCUAUAUGCCCAAAAAGACAUGCUUAAAUACUUGAUUUCUAUCACCAAGGAUGAUUGUGAUCUAAAUCCAUAUGCUGGCCUGGCGGGACUUAGACUUCUUGUGUACGUCAUUGAUGCUGAAUUUUUUGAGAUUGCAUUGUACUUGGUGAAGAAGUACCCUGAUUUGGCCAGACUAAAGCUUCCAGAUAAUACUUCUGCUUUGAAGAAGAUUACUGCAAAGAAGUCUGUUUUUGUUAGCGAACAACGGUUCAACUUCUGGCAACGAUGCAUUUCCUAUUGUGUUUCUAUGGAGACCAUAUCAAGACCUCAAUUUACAAAAGGCUGUGACAUAGAGAGCAUGGCCCAAAACAGCCAAACAGUUUUCCAGAGUUUGCAAGGCAUGCUAUUGAAUGUCGUGGAUGGAUUAGGAGCAAUAAAGAGCAUAAAGGAGAAGACCUUGCUGAAGCAACAAGCUCUGGAAGUGGUUAAAUGUUUGUGUAAGGAAAUUGAAUUGUUGAGUUUUAUGGAAGCUAAAGACAUUUACUUUGAUGCCAUCAUGGUAGCAGCACAACUAGGGAUCCAUGAGGUUGUUGAAGAGAUUGUCGGGACUUUCCCAAGUGCCAUUUACUGUCUAACACCGGGUUCCAAUCAGUAUAUCUUCCAUGUUGCAGUUGAAAAUCGCUCAAAACAUGUCUAUAAUCUCAUUUAUCAAAUGAGUGAUCACAAACACUUGUACUCAGAUUUACAAGACUCUAAUGGGAACAACCUCUUGCAUUUGGCUGGAAAAUUAGCACCACCUCACAAACUCAACGAGAUAUCAGGUGCAGCUCUCCAGAUGCAACAUGAAAUACAAUGGUACAAGGAAGUGGAAAACUUUGUUCAUCCUCAUUCCAGAGAACGGCUAAACUAUGCUGGGAAAUCUCCAAAGAUGGUUUUCACAGAGGAGCACAAAAUCUUGAAAGAAGAAGGAGAGAAAUGGAUGAAAGACACAUCAAACUCAUGCACCAUUGCAGCAGCUCUAAUUGCUACCGUAAUGUUUGCAGCAGCUAUUACAGUUCCAGGUGGCAACGACAGCAGCAAUGGUUUCCCCAUCUUUUCAGGAAACAGUGCCUUCAUAAUGUUCGCCAUAUCAGAUGCUGUCUCUCUAUUUACAUCGGCUACUUCUCUGUUGAUGUUCCUAGCCAUCCUGACAUCACGUUAUGCAGAAGAAGAUUUCUUAUACGUUCUGCCAAAGAGAUUAAUAAUCGGCCUUGGAACCCUUUUCCUCUCAAUAACUUUUAUGAUGGUAGCUUUUAGUGCGACUCUAUAUCUUGUGUUUGGUCGAAAGGAAUCGUGGGUUCUUAUUCCAGUUGGCGUACUUGCAUGCUUGCCGGUCACUUCAUUUGUGCUCUUGCAGUUCCCUCUUCUCGUUGAUUUGGUAUAUUCAACUUAUGGCCCUGGCAUUUUCGGGAAACAAAGUAAUCGUCCGUUCCAUUGAGAUUAAGCCAUGUGAAUCGUUGUUGGGAAGCUUAGCAUGGAUAUAACAUUUUGAUCAGGAACUCCACUGAGUUGAUGAAGCAAGUGAAGGGGCAUGUCUUCCGAAAGUAUGUAUUAAGCUGCUGUUCUUUGUAUUCUUGUACUAUUAUUUUUGUGUUGGAAAUGUAUUAUUUCAAUCCAACAUUAUACUGCUAGCAUAUGUUUUAUUGUGAGGAAAGAAAAUUGUAAUUUUAUUAA